AACAUCAGCAGCCUCAUAAAGCCAAACUCAGCUAUCUCUUGCCUGAAAACAGCCAAGUCUUCUUAGUAGUCUUUCUUACACCAUCAACUUUGUAAGUACUAUAUCUUCACAUCACUCUGUUAAAUAACAAAAAAGAUCAUAGGAUGCCAUAUAAUUAUAAACCUAAACAAAGAUUCUGUAACAUACCAUGAUGUUGAACUACUUCAAUAAUAUCCUCAGAUUACUUCUUUUGUUAUGUUGUAUAAUAAUCUUCUUUUCCAGCCUGAUUAAUGGCCAAGAUAAUUCUUCUCCUCCUGCAAUUCUCUGUCCGAAUACAACUUAUAGUCCCAACAGCACUUAUAGCUCUAAUCUAAAAGCCCUUUUGUCAUCUUUGUCCUCGAAUUCUUCGAGGCCUAAUGGAUUUUACAACUCCACGGAAGGUAUCACUGGGUCCGAUAUAGCUUAUGGCCUGUUUUUAUGCAGGGGAGACGUUUCCCGUAAUGAUUGUCAAAACUGCGUGUCAACAACUACUAAAGAAAUAACCACGGAUGAUUAUUGUCCGAAAGGAAAAAUUGCUGCCCUUUGGUUCGACGAAUGCCUGGAAAAGGGGGAAUUGCAUCUGGUAUAAUCGCUGCCAUAGUUGUUCCAAUUGUUGUUUCAAUUUUACUCUUUGUUUUCGGUUUCUGUUGGCUAAGAAGCAGAGCUUCGCGCGAACUCAAUGUUAUGGAAGAGAUAACAGGUAAGGUCCCAUAACUAGA